AUGACAGCCGCCACUGCCAGCAGGAGCCAGGUCGACUCUUUCGAGGUCGGAUGGCUGUUUGUCCAAGAAUACUACACCUUCUUGAACCGCGAUCCAUCGCGCCUCCACUGCUUCUACAACAAAAAGUCCAGCUUCAUUCACGGCCACGAAGGCGAAGAAGUCAAGGCUGCCCAUGGCCAGCAGGAAAUCCACGAGCGCAUCAAGGAGAUCAACUUCCAGGACUGCAAAGUCCUGGUCUCCAACGUCGACAGCCAGCCCUCCUUGGAAGGCUCGAUUCUUGUCCAGGUCCUCGGUGAAAUGUCCAACAACGGCGGGCCUUCGCACAAGUUCUCGCAGUCGUUUGUGCUGGCCGAGCAGCCCAACGGCUACUAUGUCCGAAACGACAUCUUCCGGUUCCUGAAGGAGGACAUUGACAGCGAGUUUGAGGAAGCCGAGGACCCCGUCGGCGAGGUCGACAACGAGCCCGAGCUGGACCAGGAGGUGGCUGCUGAGGAGCCGGCUGGCCAGGACGAAACUGUUGAGCCUGCCGCUGAGCCCGAA